CUCUGGGCUUUUUCUCCCAGUUUCAGGAUCUGGAGUACCUGUACAUUAAUGGCUGUUUUACUCAAAUCCUUCCAUCUGGGAAUAGUCACCUUCCAAAUUUGCAACAUAUGCACUUAGGUAAAUGGGGAAUAACUCAGAUUGCUGUGAAUGUCAUAUUGGGCCUCAUACAUUCAGAGAUCUCGUCAAGCUGAGUCAUUUGAUUCUUUGGAGUUAUAGACUGUCAGCAAUGGCCCCGGAUGUUUUCCAUGGCAUUCCUCUGUUACAAAGUCUCAUCAUUAGGGAACCCUAUUUAGAGGAUUUGUCAGAGAUACUAUGCAGAAUAAUGAAUAUUAAGUCACUUGUUAGGUUAUAUGUAGACGCCACAAACAUACGAUCGUUAAACAUUUCAAACUGCUCCGUCUUAAACACCAACGAAAGCAUGACACCUGUUUUUAUAAAUCUAACAUUCUCUGACUUCUCAUUUGGUGUAAUAACACAUAUAGAGGAAGGUGCACUGGCUUGGCUCCAGAACCUCACAAGGUUAACAGGGGCUUUCAGCCAGGAAGUCCUACUGGACCUUCCCCUGUCUGGGAUAAAACAAAUCCAGGACUUCAGUUGCUCUGGGAUCAAUGUCAUUGAUAUUGAAAGUAUCUGUAAUGUAGUGUUUUUGUUUUCAAUCAAGAAAUUAUAUGUAAACAAUUUCAAUACAAGCAGCCUCUCUAUGUCCAGUGUUGAGUUGUGCACUGGGCUAGAAUAUAUGUAUUUAAGUGUACCUUUGUCUUUCCAUCCUACUACCCAUUUGGAUUGGCAUUUUAUUUCCAGUCUCAAAAACCUUAAUCAACUAAAAAUAGUCGGCCUGGAAGACAACAGACUUGAUAUUUGCUCCUUCCAAAAACAACCAAUAACAUGGUUAACAAAUCUCACUUUAGGGUUGAAAAAUCAAAUGCUUUUUGCGAAACAAUUUAUCUGUCUUGUUAAGCUCCUGUAUCUGGAUAUAAAACAGAAUUUAAUUUCAAACAUUGAAGACUUUGCUUUCCUGGGAUUAACAAAUCUGGAGUCCUUGGACAUUACAAGUAAUAAGAUAACACAGAUAAAUGCAAACACAUUUUAUGGUUUACAUAGUUUGACAUGGUUAGACCUCAGGAACAAUCCACUUAUUCACAACAUUGAGGCAAUGUCUUUCACAAACCUCAUGUCUCUUAGACAAGUGUUUCUCGGGCAAGUGCACAACCCACUAACAGAACCUGUGAUCAAGCUGAAUCUGACACUUAUAUUUGGUGGAAUUCUGAGUCAACUGACUCAUCUGUACAUUAGUUCAGCUAUGAGGCCAAUGCAGUUGACUAUCGGCAGUAACAUCACAUCUAAACAGAACCUGAGUCUCCAGCUCAAAGGCCAGACGGUGUCAUUUCAGGACUGUGACAGACCUUUCUUUCAGUCUGUAACCCAUCUUCAUGCUGAUGCUGAAGAAUUCCUUUGUGGAUCUGAAUUCAUGGGAAAAUACUUCACGUCUGUGGAGACAUUUGACUACAGAUCGAAGCUUUCAGCUAAAAGGGUUGAUUUAACAUCAAUUCAUCAGCUGAUUCACCUGAGGAAACUGACUCUACGACAGGUGGAUCUUUUAAUACAGCGUUCUGCCGACAUCAUUUUUCACAACUUGACCAAACUGGAGGAUCUGGAACUUGACAACUGCAGGAUUUUCUUUGAGGGGAGUUUAACUAAAGACUUGAAAUCUUUGAAAAGAGUGUAUUUGCAUAUAGAGAACAUUUAUAAUGUAUUCUACAGCUUUACUGAACCUCUCUCUAGCCUUAAGCUUUUGACGUUUAAUAAUUUACAGAUGUUUUGCAGUUGUGACAAUGCUUGGCUCAUUACAUGGGCAAAGGGGUGCAGGCAGGUUGAAGUGAUCAUGCUUGGUCCGUAUGCUAAAACCGGUAUGUAUGCUUUGGAGGACUUGAUAUGCUUGUCGGACAAUGGAAUAGACACACCUAAUUUUGUCAAGUACACAGAAGCCAACUGCACAACAGAGGUUGGCUUUGUGCUCUUUGUUGCGACUGGCCUGGGAGUCCUGUUCUUCAUGCUGGUGGUGUUGGUCCAUAACCUGGCCGGCCCCUACCUCCUCCCCCUCUACCACAUCACCCUUGGCUGGCUGUUAGAAGCCAUGCGAUCCAACACCAGGGGGCGCUACCACUACGAUGCGUUUGUCUCCUAUAGCGGGAAGGACGAGCGCUGGGUGGUGGAGGAGCUGCUUCCCAAUCUGGAGCAGAGGGGUCCUCCUUUCCUGCGCCUCUGUCUGCACAGCAGGGACUUCCAGCUGGGGAAGGACAUUGUGGAGAACAUCACAGACAGCCUCUACCGGAGCCGCCACACCCUCUGCCUAGUCAGCCGCCACUACCUACGCAGUAACUGGUGCUCUCUGGAGAUGAAGCUGGCCACCUACAGGCUGCAGGUGGAGCAAAGGGACAUCCUCCUCCUGGUCUUCCUGGAGAAGAUCCCCCCUCGCCAGCUGUCUGCCCACCACAGGCUGGCUCGCCUGCUGAAAACCAGGACUUAUCUGGACUGGCCCCAGGACCCCCAUCAGCACCAGGCAUUCUGGGACAGACUGUGGGCUAAACUGAAACCUCCGACUGAGCAUGAGAUCAGAGGUUGAUGUUGAACCUUGUGCUAAUGAAGACGCAAUGUUGACACAUAUGUUGAGGUAUUGAAUUUGUCGUUAAAAUUCCUCUGUACAAAAUGUCUUCCAGAAUUUGUGUGUUUAGACAAUUCUAAUGAAGUCAUUUUAAAUGCUCUGUACUUUUUCUGAUUAAUCUUCAACUAAUAUGUAUAGGUAUUCCUAUUUAAAUUACAUAUAAAUAAUCAUAGUUAAAUUACUUAAAAAUAACCCUUUUUACAUUUCAUAAAAUAAUAGUAUUUAAAUUACUUAGAAAAAAAUGUAAUACAUUUUUUUACUUCCACGAAUUUUAUGAUAUCCUUUAUGUCCUUUUGUUAUCACCUAAUCGCUAACACAUGUCUUUAACUGUAUAUUUCUUGCCAAAAGUCACUGAAAAAGGGUGUGAACGACAAUACAUGAAUGAAUGAAACACAUACAAUGAAAUACAUGAAUGAAUGACCAUGAAGCAGUAAUUAAUGAUAAUAUGUGAAUGACCGCAAAGCAGUUACUUUAUUUCAAUAUUGAUCAAAGAGCUUUGUACUGAAAUGUCCUUUUCAGUUGUUUAACUAAAUGUAGAUGCUUGUUGUUUAACUAAAUGUAGUUGCUAGCUAUUUAACUAAAUGUAGUUGCUAGUUGUUUAACUAAAUGUAGUUGCUAGUUGUUUAACUAAAUGUAGUUGCUCGUUGUUUAACUAACUGUAUAUGGUUCACUCCUGGGCUUGGGGAGGGGUACCCCUUUCUGGACAAUUAGGUCAUUUCUGCGCAAUAUUGGAGGUAACAUAGUUUUAUUUUAUUAUUUCAUUAUUGUUCGUGCUCUUAACAAAGGCAUACAGCUGAAACGUUGUAAACUGGCUUCUGUUUGUGUUUUUACAUAAAAAUGCUCUAUAUCCCUGG